AACAUCUCAGAUUUUUUAAUGAAAAAUCAAACAAUGAUAACAGAUUUUAUACUCUUGGGACUUUCCAGUGAUCCACAAAUACAGAUGAUUCUCUUCGUUUUGUUCCUAAUCAUAUAUGCCACCACAUUAUUAGGAAACUCUGCCAUCAUAUUGGUAAUCAGGGCUGAGCCUGUCCUUCACACCCCCAUGUCCUUUUUUCUCAGUCACUUAGCCUUGGUUGAUAUUUUCUACUCAACUGUCACUGUCCCAAAGAUGCUGGAAAACUUCACAAAAAGGCAGACAAGAAUUUCUUACUUGGGAUGCAUUUCACAAAUCUUUUUCUUUAUCCAUUUUGCCUGCACUGAAUUUUUUCUGCUUUCUGCAAUGGCGUAUGACCGAUAUGCAGCUAUAUGUGACCCAUUACAUUAUUCAACAACUAUGAAAAAACAAAUGUGCAGACAACUGGUUGGAGGAGCUUGGAUAAGUGGUUUCUUGGAUGCUCUGAUCAACACUUUGCCUUUACUGGAUUUGACCUUCUGUGGACGCAAUACAAUCAGCCAUUACACCUGUGAACUUCCAGCAGUUUUGAGUUUGUCUUGUGGUGAAACUUUCACCAAUCAGAAGUUGAUAUUUGCCUCUAUUUUUUUCUUUGGUUUAACUCCCUUCAUUAUGACUCUUGUCUCUUACAUAUAUAUCAUAUCAACCAUCCUGAAGAUACCAUCAUUGAAAGGUAGGAGCAAAGCCUUCUCCACUUGUAGCUCACACCUCAUUGUGGUUUGUUUGUUAUAUCUUUCAGCAUUUUUCAGAUACAUGAAGCCAAGUUCUAAGUCUCUCACAGAUCUGGACAGAGUGAUCUCUAUCCAGUAUCUUAUUUUAACUCCUGUGUUAAACCCUAUCAUAUACAGCCUAAGAAAUAAAGAAAUAAAAACUCUACUUUGGAAAGGGUUCAAAAAAUAUAUGUAA